AUGAUAGAGUUGACAUUUGUGAUUAAGAACCUCCUACGUCAUUUCGAGCACGACCUUCACACCCAACUAGACACCCACCAGCCAGCCUUGGACAGUCUCAACCACACAGGAAAUCAGCUAGCUCGAGCCAUGGUGACUUCAGAUUCUCAACAGUUGCAGGCCAGGCUCAGUGAGAUGAACAGAAGAUGGUUGACACUUAUGGAGAAGUCCAUCCAAAUCAGAGGUCGAUUGGAAAACAACACAGAAUACUGGUCCAGGUUGAUAAAGACAUUGAAGUCACUUGUCACCUGGCUGAAUGCCAGACAGUUGGAACUGAAGCAGCAGCAGCCAAUCGGAGGAGAUUUUACUAGCAUCCAGCGGCAGAUUGUGGAAAGUUAUCGGUUGCAGCAGCAGCUGGAGAUGAAAAGGCCUCUAAUUCAACAAUGUCUGGAGGCAGGAAAAGUCUACCUUCAUGAGGAUGCUGAAAAUGCCAGCUUUGACAGUGGAGGAGAGAGUGCAGAUGAAGGUGAAGAGGAAGCUGAUCAUCUGAUUUGCAAGAUCAGAAAACUGAUGCGUCUGCUGUAUAGGAAGUGGUUAGAUCUUAGCCACAGCUGCACACAGUGGCAUGCCAAACUGGAACAAGUGGUGGAGCUGAUGGGGAUGUUUCAUGAUUCCAUGGAAAGCCUGCAGGAUCGUCUGGUUGCAGCAGAGAGAGAGGUAAAGGACUGGCCAAAUGUAGGAGACAUCAUCAUAGGAGAGCUGCAGAUGGAAAUAGACCGAACUAAGAACUUCCAGCUGAGAUAUUCACUUCAGGAAAGAGUAGAUGAUGUCACAGAGCAGGCCAACAGAUUGCAAGAAGCUGACGUUAUUCUUUCUCAUCAUAAUGUACAUCGACUAGAGGACUUUACUCAGAGAUGGGAAUGCUUGCGACAGAUGAUGAGCAACAGGUUGCAGUAUCUGCAAGAAGCUCUCAUGGCUUAUGGUCCAAACUCACAGCAUUUUCUUGCAGAGUCAGUGGAAGCUCCCUGGGAGCGGGCAGUUGCUAGAAACAAAGUGCCUUUUUUCAUCAACCACGCCACAGAGACCACACAGUGGGAUCAUCCUCAGUUCACAUUUCUCAUGGACUCCUUGACCGAGCUCAACAAAAUCCGUUUUGCUGCUUACAGGACAGGCAUGAAGCUGAGAAUGCUGCAGAAAAAGUUAUGCUUGGAUAUGGUUUCCUUACAAAUGGCUGUGGAUGCUUUCGACAUCCAUGGAUUAAGGGGCCGUAAUGACAAGCUCAUAGAUGUAGGGGAGAUAAUUGAGUGCCUGUCAACAGUUUUCGAGGCAGCGGCCAAAGUGCAUCCUGAGAUUAUCAACGUCCCUCUGUCCGUUGACCUGACACUCAACUGGAUCCUCGAUGUCUAUGACAGCUUGAGAAGUGGUAAAGUCAGGGUACUUUCUUUCAAGGUCGGGCUUGUUAUUUUGUGUAAUGCUCAACUUGAAGACAAAUACAGAUACAUUUUCAGACUUAUAGGAGACGUCAAUGCAUUUACUGACCAACGAAAACUGGGACUUUUACUGCAUGACUGCAUGCAGAUUCCACGUCAGCUUGGUGAAAUCGCUUCAUUUGGAGGCAGCAAUAUUGAACCAAGUGUCCGCAGCUGUUUUGAGAUGGCUAAAGGUCGGCCGGAGAUAGAGGUGUCACAUUUCUUGGAGUGGCUGAGGCUAGAACCCCAGUCCUUGGUUUGGCUUCCAGUUCUCCACCGCCUGGCCGCAGCAGAAACAGCCAAACAUCAGGCCAAGUGUAAUGUGUGCAAGGAGUUUCCCAUUGUUGGCUUCAGAUACCGCUGCUUGAAAUGUUUCAAUUUUGACGUCUGCCAGAACUGUUUCUUUUCUGGUCGAACUGCCAAAAGCCACAAGCUAACACAUCCAAUGAAGGAGUACUGUACCGCAACAACUUCAGGUGAGGAUGUUCGGGAUUUCUCCAAAAUUGUCAAGAACAAAUUCAAGUCAAAACAUCAUUUCAAAAAACAUCCCAGGCGAGGCUAUCUCCCAGUUGAGUCUUACCUCGAAGGAGACAGUCUUGAAAGCCCACAUCCAUCUCCACAACACAGCAUCUCCCAGGACAUGCACUCUCGCCUGGAACUGAUGUCCAACAGAAUUGCAGAGUUUGAGGAGCGGCAAGGCUCACUUUCAGACAUAGAGGAUGAGCACCAUAUGAUAGCCCAGUACUGCUCCAGCCUAAAUGGAGAUCCAUCUGCUCAAGCUUUGAAGAGUCCCAUGCAGAUCAUGAUGGCGGUGGAUGGGGAGCAGAGGCAAGAACUGGAAGCAAUGAUCUGGAAUCUGGAAGAGGAAAAUCGAACUCUACAGGAGGAAUAUGAUCGGCUACAGCAAACAGCUUUACUGAGGACAGAGAAUGUAUCACACAUGUUGGAGGCAGAGGAAGAGAGUUGUGGGGCAACUGGAAGUGAUGAAAUGAUGGCAGAAGCCAAGUUGUUGAGGCACCACAAGAACAGACUGGAAGCUCGGAUGAAGGUGCUAGAAGAUCACAACCAGCAGCUGGAAGCACAACUUAACCGCCUCAGGAAACUCUUAGACCAGCAGCCAGGAGGUGAACGCAGUUAUGUCUCCAUCGGGUCAUCAUCACACACAACACCAGUAACGACACCAUCAUCAUCACAAAGUUCUCUGCCUCCUCGACCAAGUAGAUUUCAGUAUCAUCCGGAACUCUCAUCUCAUCUCAGUGGCCACUCAGGCACUGUAGGGUCCAGCAGCAUCGAUGAGCUUUUCCACUCAGCAGGACAAGUGGGUCAAGCUGUUGGAUCAUUGGUGACUGUCAUGACCGAAGAAGAUGCAGCCGCACAAACUGGCAUGGAACAAUUUGUUAUAAAACAUACAGAGAAACUCUGA